GAAGGAGCGUAGUUGUGAUCUUUCGCAACUACCCAAUCUUGUGCCCAAGUUGGUGAACUUGCCACAGCCCGAAGCUCGCCCUAUGGACCUAGAUACUAACGACCAGAAGUUUUCUAUUGGAUCUUGUAGGAAAAGUGUCAAUGAAACUUCUAACUCUUCAGUUCUGGAGUUUUGGAGGUUCACAGAGAAUAAUGAGUUCAGGUUAAGAGCUGAACAAAAUACGCAUACUACCGUCUCUUUAACUCUGCGCAUUGCUGAUACCUGUGGUCGUGUGAGGAAUAUCCAUUUUAAGUUCUAUCUUGAUUCUGAUACUGCAAUGUCAAUUGCUGGGGAAAUGGUUGAGCAACUUGAUCUUUCACACGAAGAUAUCUCUGUCAUAGCUGAGUUAAUUGACAAAUUGAUUAUGAAGCUUGUACCAGGCUGGAAACCUUCAUCCGAAAGUUCAUCAUGUGGAGCUAACAGUUCAUGUGGGGAUCAACCUGCACAUCAAAAUAUUCUGUCACCAUUGGCAUAUGCAGAAGACCAAGAUAACCAAGCAACAAUGAUUUCAGAUACCUCAGCCUGCUCAGCCCAGUAUGGCGUCCCUACUGCCUCAUGUAAUGUCAACGUUUCAGAAUCGGCCAAGUACAGUUCUGAUGAACGCUGCACAGGUUCAGAUAGGUACGGUUCCAGUCCGGAUUGUAUGGUUCAGGCCAGACUCAAGGAGAAGAGCUAUGAAGCUGGUUCUGGUGAUUCUGUUGUUAUGAAUGACGCAUGCCCUGACAUGUCAAGCAUUUGCUCCUUAUCUGAGUUGUCUCUAGUGGACAAAGAUCGGUAUGAUGAGCUGAAGGGGGAGCUUGUUGCUAUUGAUGUGCAGUAUCAUCAAUGUCUUCUCGAACUCUUGAGGAUGAGGGAAGAAGAAAUUCAGAAUGCCAAGAAGAGGUGGAUAGAAAAAAAGAAAAUAGCUGUUAAUUAAUGUACUAUUUUGUCUUCCUGGGGUGACUUUAUUUCUUUUCCUUGUUAACAUUCAUUUAAUUCUUGUAUUUUUUUUUUUUCCUUAAGAAAACGCAGGGAUCUGUUUUGGUACAUAAUUUGUUUUACGGUUAUUAAUGAAUAUUUUUUUGUUUU